AUGGCGUCCGCCGGCCCUGGAGUUCCCUCUGCCAACACUAGCUCCAACACGAGUGCGUCGGCCGAACCGGUGUGGAAUUUCCCCACAUCACCCAUUCCGAGCAACCCCUUGGGUGACGGGCAGUAUAUCAGGAGUGCUGCAGCGCUCAUAAUUGGAGAUGAGAUCCUGAAUGGCAAGACGCUGGAUAGGAACUCCAAUUACUUCGCACGAUUCUGCUUCGAACAGGGCAUCGACCUGAAGCGGAUAGAAGUCAUUCCCGACGAGGAAGACGACAUCAUCGAAGCUAGCCGGCGACUGGUCAAGAAUUAUGACUUCGUCAUCACCUCUGGGGGCAUUGGCCCCACACACGAUGACAUUACCUAUGCCUCGCUCGCCAAAUCCUUCGACCAGCCGCUGGAACACCACGCUGAGACACUACACCGGAUGGUUGAGAUGAGCAAACAUCGCAUAGACAUUGUGAACCAGACUGCUGAGCAGCGCACUGCGCGGGAGCGUAUGGCACUUUUUCCCACACGCGCGGAGGUCCUCUUCAUUGCCCCAGACGUCUGGGUGCCCGUCGUCCGCUUAGAAGGCAAGCUAUGCGUGUUCCCGGGGAUCCCGAAGCUCUUCCAGAAAAUGCUUGACGGGCUCACGCCAUUUCUCCCACUCCCACCGCCAGAACAGCGGCCCUUCCGGCUGCAAAUUUUCACAUCUCUGCCGGAGUCCUCCAUAGCGCCGUACCUCUCUCAAGUGCAGGCACGCACGAAGGCAUCAGGUGUCCGUGUCGGGUCGUACCCUCUGCUGCAGCGUGGCGUUUAUGUCGCUCUCAUUGGACGCGAUACGGACCUUGUGCACUCUCUCGCUGAGGAGGUUGCCCAAGAGCUGGAGGGCCGUAUCAUCAGUGAGGAGGAUGCAUUGAAGGAGAAGGCUGGUCUGUAG